UCCUCACUUUCUAUAUAUAUAUUCCCUUCUCUCUCUUUUUUUUUUGCCAGUAAUGGCAGCCAUCGUCAGUGGCACUGGCAGAAACUGCAGCGAAAGAGGGGGAAAGAGUUAUUCAUUGGGAAGCAAAAGGCAAAGCUCGACUCACUGAAAGUGUGUAAAAGAUUCAUGCAUGCUGCUAAUGAACAACUAGGAAAAGCCCCACGUUUAUAAUUGGCUGGCUGCCUUACGUUUUCCUCUAAAAUGUCUGGUUUAUUUGUAGCAUAAAUCUCGGGAGAGUUUUAGGGCAAAAAAUAGAUUGUGUUGGGAGUGGAGAACAACUAGGAAAAAAGAACAGAGAAGAAAUGAUAAGACAGUGAGAGAAAUAAUGAAUGGAAGGUGGUUCCAAUAGCACUUCUUGCAUGAUGGAUUUUGGACGCAACAAUACAAGUAAUGGACUAUGUCCAAAGUCGAUGAUGAUUCCUCCCAUGAAUUCUUAUCAUCAUCAUCAUUCUAAUUUGGACUCAAACCCCUUAUUUCUUACUGCCAGUGGCUCCUCUAUGGUUCUCGACGAUCACAACAACAACACAGCGUGUUGUUUCAUGGAGUCGAGCAACGAUGGCGGAUCUGUCAAGGCCAAGAUCAUGGCUCAUCCUCACUAUCAACGUCUCCUGGCAGCCUAUGUCAAUUGUCAGAAGGUAGGAGCGCCACCGGAUGUGGUGGCGAGAUUGGAAGAAGCAUCCGCGGAGGCCACCGUGGGUGCUACCAGCAGCUGCAGCUUAGGUGAAGAUCCAGCUCUUGAUCAGUUCAUGGAAGCUUAUUGUGAGAUGUUGGCUAAGUACGAGCAAGAGCUCUUGAAACCUUUAAAGGAAACCAUGCUUUUUCUACAAAGGGUCGAGUGUCAAUUCAAAGCCCUCACGGUUUCCUCUUCUAGUUCUGCUUGUGGUGAAGCUUUUAGCAGGAACGGAUCAUCGGAGGAAGAUGUUGAUGCGAGCAAUGAUUUCAUCGAUCCCCUCGUGGAAGAUCGAGAACUUAAAGGCCAGCUUUUGCGGAAGUACAGCGGAUAUUUAGGCAGCUUGAAGCAGGAAUUUAUGAAGAGGAGGAAGAAAGGGAAGCUGCCUAAGGAAGCCAGGCAACAGUUGCUGGAUUGGUGGAGUAGACAUUACAAAUGGCCUUACCCUUCGGAGUCACAAAAGCUUGCCCUAGCAGAGUCGACCGGUCUGGAUCAGAAGCAAAUCAACAACUGGUUCAUUAACCAAAGGAAACGGCACUGGAAGCCGUCCGAAGAUAUGCAGUUUGUGGUAAUGGACGGUACCCAUCCACACUAUUUCAUGGAUAAUGUUCUGGGAAAUCCUUUCCCCAUGGAUCUUUCGUCUGCAUUUCUCUGAAGAAUUGAU